AACGCGAAACAAAUCGAUCCAUAAUGUCGUGCCUCCCUUAUCGAUUGCGCCCCCGGUUAAAAACAUAUUUCACCUAGUCGCACAACAUUAAACCCCUUCGUGUUGUAAACAUCAGCGUUUCUCCUCCUGGUUUAUAUUUAAAUAAAAUAAAUAUAAUACUUUAGUGCAGUAAAAAUGGCCACGCUCAGUGAGAAUAUUUUUUUUAAUAGUAAAAUCGGGGUAAAUAAUCGCGGUAAUUAUCUGAUAACUCCAAAAAUUCCGGAGGGUUUGGCUGCUGCUGUAGAAAGUUUAACUCGCGAAGUGAUACGUCAUCAUCCUACUGAUAUUUAUGUGUUUGCUGCCGAGCAUUUUUCAAAUUUACUUCAGCUUCGUGAUAAAAACUACCCAUCCAAGAUCAAUAGACAUCACUCCCAACCGGUUCUAUACGAUUCGUCUUCUUCAGUUUCUUCAACUAAUGGCCACGUAACACGUGAAUCUCCAUCUGAUUGGCAGCCGUAUUAUUAUGAUGAUUAUCAGUAUCACCAUCAGCAGAAAACAGCUGAAAAAAUUUACAAAAAGUCGAAUUAUUAUUCGCAGAAACACGAUUAUGAUAAAAAUCAUGACUUCCCAAUGGUGAUUAAUCAGCAUCAUCAUCAUCACCAUCACCACCAACGAAGGAAAGUUUCCCGGGAUAUUAAGACACAGUCACCAAGUGUUAUUAGCAAUGAUGAAAUGCUUGCCAAGGAUAUUAAAACAAAGCUGAAGAAAAAUAGAAUCAGCAGCCGGGAGAGAAGCGAGUCAUCAAAAAGUAACAGAGCAAUAACGACAUCAACGACAAAUCUGAGUAUGAAUAAAGUCAAAGAUUAUGUAGUUAAUAAAUUUUCCCACUCAUCAAGUCUAGAUGAGACGGCACAGUCACCGUUAAAUUACGUCACUAAAGUGCAGGAUGUUAUCGACGCAACGGAACCGAUUAUAAAUGAAAAAUUUAAAGUACUCAGAGAAAGCAAAUCGUUGUCACGACAAUCGACGCAUAGUCAGACCGUGGAUUUACCUGAUGGUAAUUUUGUUAACAAUUCAAAUAAAAAUAUACUCGAAGCGCGAUUGAAUGAAACGCACAAAAUUCUUAAAGACAUUUCUUCUUGCUUUCCUCCGAGAGCAAAUAGAAGCAACAAACACCGACCGCAUUCCGCUGAUUUUAUUGCCAACGUGGCACGUCGUCGUCGUAAUUAUAAUGAUGAGACGACAACUGAUGAAUUAGAGGCGAUGCUAAACGAGACUCAUAAUCUUCUGGUAGGAAUUUCCUCGAACUUGUUGAAAGAAAAUAAUAAUAGGAAGUCGAGAAAUGAUGAUGAUGGUAAUUCUGCAUCAGUGUCACAUCUGCCGUCAGUGCAAUCAAUUAAUUUAAUAAAUAAUAAUAAUAAUAAUGUAAAAACUAAUGAUAGCAAGAGUGAUUGCGUAAAUUUUGCACUUCCACCAGUAAUCACAAGCAGUAGCAGUAGCUCAUCAAUAGGUAACGCUGAUGAUCAACUUCCUAAGAUUGAAAAAGUUAAAGAAGAUUUAACACUUCCUGUUUUAAUACCUACUGUUAUUGAUAAUAGUAAUAGUUAUAAUGUUUUAGAAGAUAAUAUAGAGAUGGUAAAUGAUAAUUUGACGAAAGAAGUUCAUGAUAAUGAUGAAGAACUUCAUGAUCCAGUUGGAGAAAUUCAUGAUAUUGGUGAAGAAGUUCAUGAUAUUGAUGAAGAAGUUCAUGAUCCAGUUGAAGAAGUUCAUGAUCCAGUUGAAGCAGUUCAUGAUCUAGUUAAAGAAUCUGAAGAUUGUUUUGUUUUAACUGAAGACAAUGAUGAUAUACCUGAAAUUCCAAGUACUGUUACAACUGUUAUUAUUGCUGAUAGAAAUGAAUCUGAAUCUGAUGAUAACAAACCACAGGAUGGAAAUGAUCCUCUCUUGGAUUCAUUUGGUGAAGUUGUUGUGGUACAGCAAAUACCGCCAACUAUUUCGGCAGAAGAAAUUCCAGAUCCUCAUGAUUUUAUGACGAAGAAUAAAAUAAUAACACUGAGACAAGAUUUGCAGUGUAUUAGUGAAGAAGAUAUCAUCGAAGAGUCACGGAGCAGUCGCACUGAACCUGGAGAUCAGGUAAAUGCUAUAGAGAGUGAUAGAGAAGAAUUAAAAAUUACUGAUUGUCAUAAAGAAGAUGACGUUACUUCAGCUAAAGAGACAAGCGUCGAAACAGACGCAGUGACACCAGUAGUUGGCUCGCCGAAGAGUUUAGCUGACGAGAAAGGAGAAACUGAACAGAGCAGCGGUGACGCUGGGGAUGUCAAUGAAUCGAUUACUGAUUUAGCUGAGUCUUCAUCAAAUGAAGCCAAAGAAACUACGGUUACAGAUAAUUGUACAACCGAACCCUUGGUUUUAAGUUUGUCACUGGACGAACCCGUGAGACCGUUCGUGCCGGAACUCAAUCUUGAUUCUCUCCAAGACAUCACUGUGUCUUCUUUUAAGUUGACUCCAACGGACGAUGAGUCCGAGCAGCCUGAUGAUGAUGACAAUGAAAUUUCUAAUACUUUGAUCGAGAGUGGCGACCUAGUGACUACUGGGACUAUCGAAAAUUAUAGCGACAAAAUAGAAGAAAUAGCAGACAAGAGUGAUAAAGAUGACGAGGGAAUUGAGGGAAUGGUAUCAGAGUUUGAAAAAAAUUCAGAUAAAUCUGAAAAUGAGAAUGAAGCCGAGUCUGCUGCUGAUGCUGUUAUUCUUGAUGAAAAUUCAACAAUUGAAGACAAUCAAGAGUCUAUAAAUAAAAGUGUUGAUAUGGUUAAAUUUAACCGGGCCCUGAUUGUUAUUCAAACUGCUAUUCGAGGAUUUCUUGCACGUCGUCAUCGUCGUCGUUUACAAAAACUUCACGAAGAUAAUUUAAUAUCUAGUAUAUUGCUAGCUGAUGAUAACACGAUGACUGAUGAAGAAGACGUCAGACAACCCUUAGUAAUUGUUGAGAUAGACCCAGCUGAUGAAAGUGCACCAGAGUCGCAGGAUAAAAUUGACAAUGAAACAGUCCAGAGUGAUUCUCUUCCACCGCGUGAUCUAAGAAAGCGUCUCCAUCGUGAGAACGCGAUGCAAAAAACCACGACACUGUCUAUGGAAAAUACGGGUGUCAGUGGUGAGGUUGACCAGGACUUUGGACUACAGCACACUGGAGAAUUUCAUGACUGUAUUGUUCUUCCUGCGUUUGACACGAUGGUGAACAGCAACACGUUCUACCGUCGUCACCCUCGGUACGGCAAAAAAAAUAGUGAAGAUAAAAAGGAGGAUGAUGAUGAGCAAGAUGAUGGUGAAGAUGAAAAUGACUCUUCGGAUGACAAUCAGGUUCUUAAAAACUGGACCCAAGAUGGACAUAUGACUAUUGCUGACCGCAAUGAACGCAUUGGUGAUAAAUUUAGUGGUAAAAGUGUCAUUAUACUGAGCAAUAAUACUGACGAUGUUUCUCCAACAAUUGGAUUUCCUCUUUUUGACUUUGGAUUAAACCCGCUUACGCAAUCACACACACCAGGAAUUUAUAAUUAUAAUUAUGUUGAUAAUGAUACCGCUACUAUUCGUAAAAUUACUUCAUCCCCCGUAAGUAAUGAUAAUGAUUCAUUGACAACUGAGGAAGGAGUCAUAAUAACUGAAGAAAUAAGUGAACCUGAGCUGGAUGGCAAAGUUCAAGUUAAUGGCGAAGAUGAAAUAAAAUGUAAUGGAGUAAAUUUAAUUAGUGAUGACGAUGAUGAGCCAGAAAAAAUUGCGGAAAAUGAUGAUAAAAUAAUAGAAGAACACACAACAAAGCCAUUGAAAUUAUUCAAUGGUUCAGCUACUCCGCAGAAUGAAGAGAAAGUAAUAAAAUGUGAUCUAGGAAACCUGUCGAGUUUCUUUGACCAGCAGCCUAUUUUUAAUUUACCCGCUUCUAUUACCGCAAACGCACCACUGUCGUCACCAGUAAGCAUUAAAUUGCUGGAAAAUAAUUUACUUAAUGUUGUUUUUGGGAAUGGGAGCUCGAUUCCUAUCACAAUAGUGCAAAAUAUUCCAACAAAGUCAGAGUCUUUGCUUUACACCAGCGGUAAUUGUCACCAGCGUCUUGAUGAGGGUGAAGAAAAAUUAAAAAAAAAUUAAUGUUAAUUUUCUUGAUGUAUAUUUAGCGAAAAUGAAAUUUAAUUACAUUUAAUUACACUUAAAAUAAUAAGUACACUUGCAGUGAUUGUAGUUUACUAGAGUUUCGAGUCACUUAAGUAGAAAUAAUUUCUAGUCGAGUGCUGAUUUAAAAUAAUUUUUAAUAAAAUAAUAAGUGACAGAGCGAGUAUAUUUAUGUACGGUUCACUGAUAAAUGCAUACAUUUAUUUAUUUAUAUAUAUAUCUAUACACAUAAUUAUAAAACAUCUGAGCUAGAGUCAAAUACUGGGAGCGGCGUAUGUAGCGGCAAUGUUUCUUUCAAUACGAGUCAAAUAAAUAAUUAAAUAAUUUAACCAUAGAAAAUGUGGUUGUUAUUAAAAUCCAAGUACCGUGGGUCGUUGGUGUUGUCAUUGAUUCCUGGUGGUAAGCAGGGAUGAUCGAAGUGAGUACUUGAACACUCGAGAGUAUCAGUGCUACAUCCGAUGCAUCUUUCGCACAAGCAAAUCAUCCCGUCUCCGCAUGCUCCAUUACCGUGUCCACCACAACGUUCAUCUGGUCCCUAUAUAAUUUUAAAAAUUGUUUUUAUUUUUAUUUUUAAACUAAAUUACGUUACUAAUUCCAAAAGGAGGUACAUUUUUAUCCUUUUUUUUUGGCUUUGGAGAGCUUCCUAAGUGCGAAUAACAAAAAAAAGAAAUAACGAGUGAUCCAAAAAUGAAAUAAACCAAAAAGAAAAUGAGCCAAAAAAAUAAAUAAACAUAAACGGUCAUACGGUUUAAUUAUUGGGCUCAGUUUCCACUCUAUUUUCCGUUUCCGCUAACAUUGACUUCUUGAAUGCAUUUAGAGACCCACCGAAAAAAUUUACUGACUUUGAUUAUAGUCAUUAACAGACUUAAAAAUUCUAUUUCCGGGAUCGUUUUGUAUAAAUGAUUUAUUGGAGUAUGAAAUUUCUGUCUAUUUUCUCUUAAAUUCUCAUUCGGGAUUAGAAAAAAAUUUUCGAAAGCCUUAAGUUCGCAUGAAAAAUUGCAUGCCCUUUUGGUUUUGAAAAUAUUUUUUUAAAUUUUGAGCUUUAAUAUAAAUCUCAAAAACGAUCGGCAAUGAAAAAAAAAAUCAUACGUCCUUUUGGCUCUAGGAAGCUCCCUAAAGCCAAAAGGGCGACCUUGCAAGUCCUUGUAAUUAGUAACGCAAAAUGUUUUGUAUAUAAAAAAAAAAAAAAAUUACCUUUCUGCAUUCCAAUACUCCACAUUGCUGUGAAACCGAAACUCCGUAUUCGCACUUAUCACACUCGCCAGCACAGCCACGUGGACACUCGAUACGUCUUUCUGAUUCACGUACACGGAUUAUUGAUGCGGAUGAUAAAAUGAAUCUGAAAUAAAAUAAAUUCCAUUCUAGUAAAAAUAAUACAAUAAUUAUUCAUUAAUAAUUACAAUCAUACUUACGUAGACAAAAUAAUAACUAGUAAUUUAAGUGAAACGUAAUAAAAUAUCUGAUGCUUGAACAUUUUUAAAAAUUAAAAGUCUAUGGAUUCUAUUGUAAGCUAUGUGAACCGUAGGACGAUGAGCCAGCGAGUGAUAAAAAAAUUUCCUAGUCCCCGGGUUUUAUACUCUCAGUACCUUCGGUUCAAAUUAAUAUUUAAUGAGUAGGUCCUAGGAAAUUUGACGGUUGUCACUGAAGAUAAAUUUUUAUUUCACCUGCUGUACGCUCUUCGCCGGCUUUAAAUAUAUUAUUCUUCCACAUGAACUACUUUAUUAAUUACUAUGGUAAUGAGUGUCCUAUGUCUGGUGUUAUAAUAAACUCACUAUCUUCCGUGUACAUAAAUUUUUAAUUAAAUGUCUAUAAAGAUAUUGACUGAUGAUGAGUAUCCGUGAUAAUGGGAUAGAAUUAAAAAUUUCAAAAUCACAAAAUAAUUGUUAGGCAGUUUAUUUUAUAAUAUGAAACUAAAUAGUGAAUAAGUAUUAAUAGAAAUUAAAUUCAAUACAAAUAUGGACUUAUGUAAAAAUGAUAAUCUUUAAAUAUAACUCAAUAAUAUUUACCAAGCCUGUACGAUUAUCAACUAAAUGAGUUGGUUAUAAGUUAUAAUACUUAAGGUAUCACACAUUUAUAUAAUUCUCUCAAGCCUUGGCAUCGUUUUACUAAAUCAUACAUAUUUUUGACAGUUAUGAUGAUGAAAAUUUAUUUAUAUAUAUAUACAUAUACAUACAUAUA